GAUGUGUGAAGGGUUCGAAUGUCCUUUUUGCUCUGCUUGGAUUGACCGAUACCCUAACCCUUGAACCAAACACAGGCAGUCAAUGGCGGAGUUUGAGCCCCGCCGCCUUUGCUCCCAGAACAAGACGCGGCAUCAUCAGCCUGGACAGACCAAAAACCACAGUAAAUAUGUCGCAAAACAAAGACGGCUGCUACACGCACAUCCACAUGCACCGGCAGCGCGACGCGGACCUGUUUGAGGAUUUUAGCAGGGACAAGCUGCCGGCCGACGAGAUCUUCGUGCCGGCGCACCACCAGCCCAUCAACCCCGAGGACGAGGACGACGUGGUGCCGGACCAGCACGCCGCCUUCGGCAUCACAAAGGCCACCCAGAAGACGAGGGAGGCCGCGUGGAAGGACCUGGGCCUCGCCGAGCUGAUGCACCGCGGGCCCGGCGCCGCCGCCGGAGGAGGAGGAGGAGGAGGAGGCUCGUCGUCGUCGGCUGUCGCCCCCACCGCCGGCUCGGCCAAGCGCGCGGCCAAGAAGCUCGCGCUUAGGCACCAGGGGAUGCCGCGGUGAUCGAGUGGCGGGAGGCGGGUCUGUGGCGUGGCUGGGGAGGAGGUGGUGAAGAUGAUUGGACAGCGUUUUAUGAUACAUCAUGUCUUGGGGGAGCAAUGAGCGAUACAACCGAUACCCAUUUCGUUUUGGAGGACAGACGCUGUUGACUAUUUUCUGUGCCUCGUGUCAUCAGGGCGUCACCAAGCCUAAUUCUCUCUAUACCUGUUUGGGUUUGCAGUAACUCCAAGUUCCGCGCCUACGUUAUCGUGCAAAGGAAAAUCCCAUUCUACAGUAGGAUAACGAUGAACCACCGAAACGCCACGCCUAUGCCCAACCAAGCAUCAUAAAAACCAAAACCAAUCCAAAAAUUCAUGCUUCG